AAACCCAACCCGGACAACUCAACCACGCGCCCAGGCGGAAAACCCAGAGAGCAACCUGUGUUGAUAGAAUUCCAUUGCGCCAACUCCCAUCGUGACACCCCCUGCAGCUUUGUUGCCCAAUCCUGGACGCACGCCAGCCAUUGCGCCAUCUAGCAUCUGCCCUGAAUAGCGCCCUGCGACAACUUGCCCACUCACGAUCCAGGUUGUAAAAGAGCUUCCCAGCAGCAACAAUUCCGACGGACGGACACCAGAGUCAGCCCAGACGCAAGGUAUCCAGUGCCAUAUUAGGACCCCGACAGACAACCCCCAGCAGCUGUUAGGUCGCCCAUUUCUUUUUGCCACGCGCCUCAUUCCGAUCGUGUCCCCCUUUGCGACUCCCGAACGCCUGAUCAAGAUGGAUUGGCUUAAGUCCUUGCAACGGGACCGUUCGCAAAUCCCGGAUGUCGUGAUCCCCCUCGCCGAUGCCCAAAAUUCGAUCCCCCUUGCGGAAAAGGACGCCAACAGCUUAGAUUCUCAAGAAAAGGGUGCUGGUUUUGCGACUGACUGCAGCACGCUAACGCUCGAGGCUCUUCGUGCGGAGGUUGAUUCUUCCGUGGCCGCUUCGGGCCAUAACUCUGUCUAUGAUCGCAAGGCUAAAAUUAUCAAUAAAGCCAUCCAGGAUAUCGGCAUGGGCCGGUAUCAAUGGGAGCUCUAUAUUCUGUGUGGAUUUGGCUGGACGGCCGACAACCUUUGGCUACAGGGAGUGGCCCUAACUCUAACCCCCUUGUCUAUGGAAUUCGGCAUCUCUGAAUCUUAUGUUCGUUUCACCACCUGUGCCUUAUUUGUGGGCCUGAUUGUUGGCGCCACUUUCUGGGGUCUUGCGUCUGAUCUCAUUGGACGUCGAUUGGCUUUCAACACGACCCUCUUCUUGUGUGGCGUUUUUGGUCUGGCGUCGGGUGGUGGUCCGAGCUGGGUAGGUACCUGCGCACUAUACGCUUGCUUGGGAUUGGGAGUGGGUGGAAACCUGCCGGUGGACGCUGCCAUCUUCCUCGAAUUUUUACCCCAGUCUUCAGGACAUAUUCUGAGCUCACUGGCCGUAUUUUGGUCGGUGGGGACUCUCAUUGCCAGUAUGCUUGCCUGGGCCUUCAUCCCUAAUUACUCCUGUACCGAUGCGAGCACGUGUACUCGGGCAGACAACAUGGGUUGGAGGUACCUCGUUCUGACCCUGGGUGCCAUCACCAUGGUCUUCUGGAUGUGUCGAUUCCUCUUCUUUAAGCUGUACGAAUCGCCCAAGUUCCUGGUCGCCAAAGGUCGGGACGAGGAUGCCGUUGCUGCGAUCCACGGCGUUGCCCAUCGCAACAAGAAAAAGACAUGGCUCACGGCGGAAAUCCUGAAUGAGAUUGGCGGAUCCGCGGACACGACCGAGAAACAAAACCUCUCCUCUAAGGAGAUCAUCGCCCGGUCUCUCUCCAAGUUCUCCACCUCGCAGAUCGCUCCAUUGUUUUCAUCCAAGCGCCUCGCAAUCACUACCAUUCUCAUCUGGCUCUGCUGGACCACCAUCGGCAUGGGAUACACGCUGUUCAAUGCCUUCCUGCCCCAAUAUCUCGGCUCGACGGCCUCGACAUACGAGACCUACCGUAACUACGCGAUCACGUCAGUCACCGGUCUUUUCGGACCGAUUCUUGCUCUCUUCAUGGUCGACAUCAAGUACAUCGGUCGGAAAGGUACCAUGGCCAUUUCCACUUGUAUCACUGCCGUCCUGCUCUUCUGCUUUACCGCGGCCAAGACGGCCGAUACUCAACUGGUUUGCUCCGCUCUAGAAUCCUUCACUCAGAUGAUCAUGUAUGGUGUGCUGUAUGCUUAUACCCCGGAAGUCUUCCCGGCUCCCAACCGAGGCACUGGAACCGGUAUCGCGAGUUGUCUGAACCGCAUUGCCGGUCUCUGUGCUCCGAUUAUUGGUAUUUAUGCUUCGAGCAACCCCAGUGCCCCCAUUUAUGCUUCCGGUGCCCUUUUGUUGGUUUCUUUUGUGGCGAUGGUAUUGCUGCCGAUUGAAACUGCCGGAAAGCAGAGUCUAUAGAAUGCGUUGCUUUGCUUGGGGUGUUUGAUGUGGACU